GAAAUACACGUGAGAAUUGUUUUCGUUUAGUAAAAAUUCUCUUAAAAAACCCCAAAAAUGAAGAAAAAACGCCACACGAAAAAAUCAAAAAAGCCUCCGACGAUGCCGCAAGAAGAGCGUUUGGAAGAUAAACUUGCGCCUCAUUCAUUUGUGAUCUCGCGCGGCAUCCGAAACCGAAACGUUCAGCACAUUUGUCGAGAUUUGCGUCGCGUAAUGGAGCCUUAUACCGCAACACAUCUCAAGGAACGCCGUUGCAACAAAAUCAAGGACUUUGUCUCCCUUUCGGGCAUCUUUCACGUCUCGAACAUGUGCAUUUUCACGCAAACCGAGACCCAAUUGUCGCUAAAAAUCGCCCGAAUGCCCAAAGGACCCACGCUGACCUUCAAAGUGCAUCAAUACACGCUCGCCCGUGACGUCGUCUCUUCCAUGAAAACGCAAUAUUUCGACGAGGAUUGCUACCAUCAGCCGCCAAUUGUCAUUUUGAAUGGAUUUUCCGCGAGCGGCGAUGCGAAACACAUGAAACUCAUGACGCACACUUUCCAAAAUAUGUUCCCGGCAAUCAAUUUAUCGACCGUUAAGUUGUCCAAUUUGAAGCGUUGCGUGCUUUUUUCCUUCAAUCCGACGACGAAACUCAUCGAUGUGCGACAUUAUUGCAUCCGACCGCAGCCCGUGGGCAUCAACAAGGGCGUCAAAAAGCUCGUGAAUCGACAAAUUCCGGAUUUAUCGAAAUUCGAAGACAUCUCGGAAUUUGUGACGAAAGCAGAUUUACUCUCGGGCUCCGAAUUCGAGGACGAGGAAAAGACAGUUGUGAUGCCAGCGACGACAAAACGCGGGAAUAUCAAGGAAAAUAAGUCGGCGAUCAAGUUGUAUGAAUUGGGACCGCGAUUCACGAUUCAGCUGAUAAAAAUCGAGGAAGGCAUGAUGAAUGGCGAAGUCUUUUUCCACGAAUAUAUUUCGAAGACGGAGGAAGAAGUUGCAGCGACAAAAGCUCGAAGAGACAAGAGAAAACGAUUGAAGGAACAGAGAAAGCAGAAAAUGAAGGCAAAUAUUAAAGCGAAGGAAGAAGCAAAGUUGAAAAAUAAGAAAAAGUCGCAACAAAAUCAAACGAAUGAAGAUGACGAGGAAGAGCCAAUGGAUCAAGAUGACGACGAAAAUGCUGGAAAACGAAAAUAUAAUUCAGAUACUGAACCAGAAGAAGAUGAUGAAUAAAUUUAUUUUUUAAGAAAAAAUUAAUAAGAUUUUAUUAUUAAAAUAAUAAAAAAUAUUUGAAA